ACUAAUAACUAACGAUAGAAUUUGGUAAUAUGUCUGCAGGUGACAUGAUGGACGUGGAGGCGGCCCUGCUCGAGGGCUCCCCAACAAUGUCGACAAUCUCAGAUUUCAGUGACCAGACGUACGCGGAUGCUGGUUUGCUGGAUUCACCAACAAUGAUGACCCCCAUGAUCUCGAGCACGAACAAAGCUUUAAAAGAAGAUGAGCUCGGACCGAAGUUCAUACUCAAUCGUGAAAUACUGAAAAAACCGAAAUUUCGGAUAAGAUUACCCUACCUUAUGAUAUGCAUUAGUAUCAUUGAGAUAACGGUCCAUUGUCUGAGUGACGAGGUAACGCUUCGCGAAUGGCUGCUCUACGAUCCUCGCCAGCGCAUUCAAGGCUGGAGGUUUAUUUCCUACAUGCUUUUGCACUCAAACGCCCUUCAUCUCAUGCUCAACGUAGUCAUUCAGCUUGUGCUAGCCGCUCCACUCGAGGUGGAGCAAGGGCGGCUCGCGGUCGGCACGAUUUAUCUCGGCGGUGGAGUUUGCGGCGCACUCGGGGCCUCGCUGUUGCAGCCGAACCUUUAUCUCAUCGGCGCAUCGGCAGGCGUCUACGCCCUCCUCACGAGCCACCUCGCUCAUCUUUAUCUGUGCCACGGGGAGUUGCGGUACGCGGGCUGGAGACUCGGCGCCGUCCUUGUGCUCGCGGGCGCGGACGUAGCCUCGCUUCCCGUACCCGGACUCCUGGGAUACGGACGCGUCGGCUGGGCGGCUCACGUGGCCGGCGCCCUGGCUGGUCCUCUCCUCGGCCUCGCCGUCUUCCCUAACCAGAGCAAGAAGGACGCGCGUGGCCGCAGCUUCGUCCGCUUCGUCAGGCUGAUGUCGGCGGUGAGCGUGACGCUCCUCGCGGUCGGCGCCAUCCUUGGCAAUGUCUACCUCAUCGCUCUGCCCCAGUUGAGGCCGCCCUCCUGACAAAGAAUCGAGAUGCUCGUGCAGCUCUGUAGGAAGUCCUUCCUCAUAGUGAAGAUACGAGAGGCCGUCGACGCGGUCUUCGAGUGAGUCGUUACGGCCGACGAUUAAAUAACGCGACUGCGUAUCGCGGCCGCGAUACAGUGCUCGCUUGUGCGAGUGGACGCUUGCGAUUCGCCAAACGCCAAUAGCCAAUAUCUGAUGGCAGCUAGUCGUUGAUUUGAUCGUGAGAAUAAUAAUGCGUUUCCAAGAAUGGGCAGAGGGCGACACAUGUCAAAAGUGCAAAAUUCAUUUGUAAUUAAUUGUAUAAUAAACACAGGCUCGCGGCAUUCGUUCGACAAGUUUAUAUGGCCAUUGUGUUU